GCGGGGUGUAAAAGUGGCUCGCAUUCAAUUAGCAGCGAAGCUCCCGGGAGCUGGCGGGACAGGCGCGCGAGGCCGCAAAGCAACAGAUGCGUAAAGCGCCCGUGGGCUGUCAUCCAGUCUGGAGACGGGGCUGCCGCCUGAAGGCUGCGCACCGGGCAACUGCGAGCGUUGGGAGCGGAGAUGGUGCCCCUUCGAGCUGCAUGGUUGGCCUGGGUGCUGCUAGGAGCGGUCCGGGCGUGCCCCGAGCCCUGCGCCUGCGUGGACAAGUACGCGCACCAGUUUGCAGACUGUGCCUACAAGGAGCUGCGAGAGGUGCCCGAAGGACUGCCGGCCAACGUGACUACGCUGAGUCUGUCCGCCAACAAGAUCACUGUGCUAAGGCGCGGGGCCUUCAUCAACGUCACGCAGGUCACGUCGCUGUGGCUGGCACAUAGUGAGGUUCGUACCGUGGAGCUGGGUGCCCUGGCAGUGCUUAGUCAGCUAAAGAACCUCGACCUGAGCCACAAUCUUAUCUCCAACUUCCCUUGGAGCGACCUUCGCAACCUGAGCGCGCUCCAGCUGCUCAAAAUGAACCACAACCGCCUGGGCUCCCUGCCCCGCGACGCACUCGGCGCGCUGCCGGACCUGCGCUCGCUGCGCAUCAACAACAACCGUCUGCGCACUCUGGAGCCGGGUACCUUUGACGCGCUCGGUGCGCUGUCCCACUUGCAGCUGUACCACAAUCCCUUCCACUGCGGCUGCGGCCUGUUGUGGCUACAAGCGUGGGCAGCCAGCACGCGGGUCUCGCUGCCCGAGCCAGACUCUAUCGCUUGCGCCUCUCCUCCCGCGCUGAAAGGGGUGCCAGUGCACCGCCUGCCUGCUCUACCCUGUGCGCCCCCCAGCGUGCGGCUGAGCUCGGAGCCCCCGCUGGAGGCAUCUGGCACCCCUCUGCGCGCUGGCUUGGCUAUCACGUUACAUUGCAUUGCUGAAGGGCACCCCACUCCCCGCCUGCAAUGGCAACUUCAGAUCCCGGGAGGCACCGUGGUCUUAGAGGCGCCGGUCCAGAGCAAGGAGGACGACUUGGAAGGAGCAGAGGACGGGGAGGAGGAAGGAGAUGGGGAAGUCCCCACCCAGACGGAAGCCCCAACACCGACUCCAGCACCUGCGUGGCCCGCGCCCCCCGCCACCCCGCGCUUUUUGGCUCUGGCAAAUGGCUCUUUAUUGGUCCCGCUCCUGAGUGCCAAGGAGGCGGGCAUCUACACAUGCCUUGCUCACAAUGAGCUGGGCACCAACUCCACGUCAGUACGUGUAGCAGUGGCUGCCGCUGGGCCCCCAAAGCAUGCUUCUGGUAUAGGAGGAGACCCUGACAGGCAGGCCCCAACCUCUGAGCGCAAGGUUAUCGCCAAGGGCCGGGGCAACAGCGUCUUGCCUUCCAAACCUGAGGGCAAAGCCAAAGGCCAGGGCAAUGCUCAAGUCAGCAUCCUGGAGGCGACCGAGGAGGAGCAGGAGGAAGAAGAUGGAGAUGAAGCGGAAGGCCAAAUCCCAGUGAACCCAGUGGAGGAGCAACACUGUGGCCACGGGGACCCCUCUCGGUACGUGUCCAACCACGCAUUCAAUCAGAGCUCAGAACUCAAGCCUCAUGUCUUCGAGCUGGGCGUCAUCGCGCUGGACGUGGCGGAGCGCGAGGCGCGGGUUCAGCUGACUCCGCUGGCCGCACGCUGGGGUCCUGGGCCCGGUGGAGCUGCGGGAGCUGGGCGGUCCCGGCGGAGGCCCCUGCGCCUGCUCUACCUGUGUCCGGCUGGGGGCGGUGCUGCCGUGCAGUGGUCCCGCGUAGAGGAGGGCGUCAACGCGUACUGGUUCCGUGGCCUGCGGCCUGGCACAAACUACUCUGUGUGCCUGGCACUGGCAGGCCAGGCUUGUCACGUGCAAGUGGUGUUCGCCACCAAGAAGGAGCUGCCCUCGCUGCUGGUCAUCGUGACGGUGAGCGUGUUCCUGCUGGUGUUGGCCACCGUGCCCCUGCUGGGCGCUGCCUGCUGCCACCUGCUCGCCAAGCACCCAGGCAAGCCCUAUCGUCUGAUCUUGAGACCGCAGGCUCCCGACCCCAUGGAGAAGCGCAUCGCUGCGGAUUUCGACCCGCGCGCCUCCUACUUGGAGUCAGAGAAGAGCUACCAGGCGGGCAGUGGAGAGGGCUGCGAGGAGCCCGAAGAGGCCCCGGGGGAAGAGCUCGACGAGGACCCGGAGCAGGGGGAUCCUCACGGUGACCUGCAGCGGGAGGAGAGCCUAGCCGCCUGCUCCUUGGCGGAAUCGCAGUCUAAGGCCAACCAGGAGGAGUUCGAGGCAGGCUCUGAGUACAGUGAUCGGCUACCGCUAGGUGCGGAGGCGGUCAACUUGACACAGGAGAUUAACGGCAACUACAGGCAGACAGCGGGGUGAUUCGCAGUGUGCCCAGCCCGGCCGCCUCACCCCACUUUGGGUACCUGGCAUGCCUGGCAACAGAAGCUUAGGGCUGGCAGAAUUUAUGCCCCCCACCCCCUGCCCUCAAUCCCCUCACCCUUCCCCAACAGUGACCUCUGAGACCUCCUAACAGGAGGUGGGCUGAAUUCUCAGCCCUCGCCAGCCGUGGGCGUCUUUUUCUUGAUGGGCUAAGUCUGCGUCUUCCCCAAGCACACGGUUCUGCUUCAGCCUCCUCACACAAAGCACCACGGGCUGAGGCAGAUGCAGUCUAUGCCCCUCUAUUCUUAUGAUUAUUAAAAUCUUCUAAAUCCGAAGAGCAGCAGGCUCACCUGUGCUCAUCUGUGUGCCCUGGAGCCAGGGGAAGACUUUGGAAAUGUCUGGCGGUAACUGUGGCUCCUGGGCUUGAAGGAAUGCGUGGAUCUCCGCCUCUUCUGGCCUGCCAUACCAGAAGCCAGCUACACUUUAGAUUGGAAGUACCCCUACCCCUUCAGACAGGAAACUAAAUCUUUCUGCCAAGCCCCCAUCCCCACCCCCCAUCCCACUUCUGCCCAGCUGGAGCGCAAUCAGGCGCGGAGCGCUUUGGAGCUCUGUGUUCUGAUUUUCUUGUUUCGUUAUUUAAAAAAAAAAAAAAAAAGUAACAUUCUGGGUCUGGUGCUAACACCCCUUCCCAACCUUUGGAAGACGGUGUGCUUGUAUCAAGAGAGGAGAGGAAUCCGUUUUCUCCUCCCUUCCUCUUAACUGGAAGCACGCUGGGACCGUGCUCCCCGGUUCUGCAGAGGGGUCCCAGCUGGGUCCCUAGCCAAUGUUGUCCGUGUCCUGAGGGAGCCUGAGAUGCGCACGCUCAAAAGCUGCUUCUAUAGCUCCGUGGGGCGCACGCCCCCAGGUAGCAAGCGCGGGGCGCUGGACGCCGUUUAAAGCUCCAGGGGCCUCUUGUCCACCGGGGCUGGUGACCUGGAGCACACAAAGCCUGUAGCCUAGGAUGGGGACUAAGAAGUCGCUCUGUCCCCGCCCCACCCUUCUCUCCGCGAGCAUAGUGAUUUCCGCGUGUCGUCCUAGCAGA